GGAUCUUCUAUUAUCAGCUUCGACUAUUUGUACAUUUGGGACACAAAGAAUACCCUUUACUCGUCCGAUUCAAUGUGCAUAAUCACGACUUUCAGGGUACAACUCAUAAGCGAACAAAAUCGGAAAAGACGGUCGAAAUCAAUCCCCUGCAGUAGAUCAUAGGAGGGCCCACCCUUACAACGGCCAUCUCUUGUCCUCCUCCGAAAAACUUCUUCAUUUUAACUCGAUUCGUGGGAAUUACAGGAGAAAUCAACUCUACAACGAUCGUGUUUAUACACCAAUUUUGUGCUCCAAAUAAUUAUUGUUCUCUCUUAUCGAUAUGGCGAAGGCGGAGGCUUUCGAGGCGGCGGUGGAAGACGGGCUGCACCUCUCUAAGCGAGUGUACUUCGGCAAGGACAGGGCGGUGGCGCCUCCUAAGCCUCCGACGGCUAUGGAGAGAGCCGCCGGCCUCUCCUUCCUACCAAAAUCCCCGAUGCUCUACGCCGUGAUCAUCGACCCUGCCGUGGUGGACAAUCCCGACAUGCCGAGCUACCAGCCGCACGUGCACGGCAGGUGCGACCCCCCGGCCCUGAUCCCGCUCCAGAUGAAUGGGGUCUCGCUCGAGGUCGAUUGCUUCCUGGACACAGCCUUUGUCACGCUGAGCGGCACGUGGCGCGUGCACUGUGUCAUGGGCAGCCGCAGUUGUGAUUGCCGUCUCGCAGUUCCCAUGGGCGAACAGGGUUCAAUUCUAGGUGUUGAGGUUGAGUUACCCACAACAAUAUAUAGCACUGAACUUGUUGCCGUGGAGAAUGAAAAAGGAACGGAAAAGACCACAAAAACUGAAGAUGGAGGAUUCUUGAAAUCUCAUAUAUACACUCUCAAGAUUCCACAGGCAAGCUCACAUUUCCUAUCUUUCAUUGAUGGAGGAACCAAUGUAUCGGUUAAACUGAGAUGGUCUCAAAAGUUACUGUAUCAUGAUGGAGAAUUGACCUUGAACAUUCCAUUUAGCUUCCCCGAGUAUGUAACUCCAGCUGCAAAGAAAAUCUCUAAACGGGAAAAGAUACAGUUGAAUGUUAAUGCUGGUCCUGGUACAGAAGUUCUGUUCAGAACAACUUCUCACCCUUUAAAGGAACGACAGCGACAAGCAGGAAAGCUGGGCUUCUUAUAUGAAUCUGAAGUCCUUUCAUGGUCAAACGUUGAUUUUGUGGUCACAUAUAAUGUAAGAUUUUGUUCGGAUACUUUCUAUUAUCUGCUGAAACUCUGUGACACCGAGAAGGAAAAGGAGAAGAAAAGGGAAAAUCACGCGACAAAUCCAAAUAAUUUAAAUUAUUGCAGAUGCAUGUUGUAUGCUGGAAAGGUAUCUUCAAGUCAUACUAAUGGUGGUGUACUAUUGAAUCCUUCAAUGGUACAUGAUGUAGAUCGUAGAAAUAUGUUCUGUUGCUACCUUUUCCCGGGAAAGCAGCAGAGUAUAAAGGUUUUCAGGAGACAAGUGGUGUUUGUUGUUGAUAUAAGUGGAAGCAUGAAGGGCGAACUACUUGAAGAUACCAAAAAUGCCUUAUUUUCAGCAAUUGCCAAGCUUGAUUCCAAAGACUUCUUUAACGUAAUUGCAUUCAAUGGAGAAACAUACUUAUUUUCAUCAUCCAUGGAAGCAGCAACUGCCAAAGCUAUUGAAAAUGUCACUCAGUGGAUCAAUAUGAACUUUGUAGCUGGUGGAGGCACAAAUAUUCUGCUUCCUCUAAAUCAGAUUAUUUGUGUCCCUGUCCCUGUCCCUUUCCCUUUCCAUGUCCCUGUCCCUGUCCCAGCAGUGAUUUUGGAUCCUCAUAUUCCAAUGACAUUGGAAGCGUCUGGUGAUGAUGCAAUCGGAGAUGAAGGUGAGGUGACCGGAUCGAGCGAGAGGGAGAUAGAUAGGGACGACGGCGUGGUUGACGAGAUUGAGAUAGAGACAGAGGGGUUGCGGCCGUGUGAAAAAAAAAAAUGA